CAUGUAUCUAUUCUCCUUUACUAUUUGUUGUGUUUCCAUAUAGAAGGAGUCGGCUGUUUCCAUUGGUUAGAAGCUUUUCUGCUAUUGAUGUCAGUUGCAUAAAAUGGUAGUAACUUGUAAUUUCUUGACCAUAUUGCACGCUUAAAGAAUGUGUGGAAAAAUUACAGCUUCUGAACUCUCCUGAGGAACUCCAGCGCAGGGUGCAUGAGAUUCCUCAAGUGCAUGCUGAUCCAAAUAUGAAACCAAGUAACUUGUUUACAGAAGACACUGGAGAACUGGAUGAGAAGAAAAAGGAUACCCUUGAGAGACCAAAUAAUUUUGGCUUUGGUACAAAGGAAAGGGAGCCUACCUCUCCAAUAAAGGGAGCUGAUUACUUGGAUGAUAUAAGAAAUCAAGACAAUCAUUCUGUGUCAUAUUCUAUGGGGAUGGAACCAUCUAUUGGCAGUGUUGAGACAGAUAAUAUAUGGCACUAUCAAGAUCCAUCUGGAAAAAUUCAAGGAGCAUUUCCUUUGACAGUGUUGCGCAACUGGAGUGCAAGUGGACGUUUAGCUCCUGACCUGCAAAUUUGGAGGGUAGAUGGAAAGCAAGAUGACUCCAUUCUCUUAACUGAUGCUUUAGCUGGGAAGUACUGCAAACAGACAGGUUUGUUUGAAAAUAACUCUUUAUCAACUCAGGAGGUAAGGAUUACCUCUGCUGAUGACAAAAAUGGCAAUUCUAAGGGGAUCGGGGAUGUAAAUGUGAAGCAGAUAGAAAGUAAAAGGAGUGAGGCAAGCUGGAACUCAAUGGAGAAUGGCAGAGCUGCACAUUGUAGUGGUAACAAUGAAUUUCGUAGAAAUAACGAAUGUGGAACUGAAUCUUCUCCUUGUGCAACUGCAGCUGUUAAUUCCAAUGGAGGACAAAAUGAAAGUCCUUUACCACAGAGUGACAUCAUGAAGGUUGAUAAUCACUCACCUGGUGAGAAGCACCAAGUGGGUAGUUCACUUCCCUCACCUCCAUUUUCUGGACAACCAUUUGAAUCUCAGUCACAUCUGUCAAGCCAAGGUCAUGAAGUUGAAGGAUGUGUCUCUGGCCAAAGUGAUGCAAAUAGUAAUUUAAACAAGACCAGUGAAGAAGCAGCUGUUACUGCACAUGGUACAAAAGAUGGCAGUGAGGCAAAAGUGGGCCAAUCUUGCGGGCAAAGCUGGAUAGCUCCACCUGUAAGUCAGUCUUCAAAUGAAUGGGUUUCAGAUUCUGGCAUUAUUUCAUUGGUCAAGGCUCUUGAAGCAGCAGCGGAAGAAAAUAAGGAAAAUGAUUUCGUAGACCUUCCCAGCUCCACAACUAAGUCAUCUCAUGAAAACUCAAAAGGCCAGGCUACUGAAAACAAACAGUCUCCGUCUUCUAAUAUUCCUGUACAGGAUUCGGUUCCCAGCUGGAGUACUGCUUCCAGUCUGGUGGGUGGUGCACCACAGCUUCCCAAUGUAGCUGGGGAAUGGGGUCCAUAUUCCCAUACUUCAACCAAACCUUCUGUGGAUGAAUGGGACUCAAAUCUGGUGCCUGAAUCUUCUCUCAAACCAACCGACUUGGCUAGUGAUCAUGCUGCUACACCAACUUCAGGAAGUGGUCAAUUGGCAGAUUCGUCUCCAACACAUCUUGCUAAUAUUUCUUGUUGGGAGCAAAUUGUUCCUGAACAAGUUUCAGAUCUAUCGUUGGCUGAUGAAUCAGUUUCAGAUCUCUUGGCUGAAGUAGAAGCAAUGGAGUCUCUGAAUGAGUUGACUUCCCCUACUUCAAUGUUGCGAUGCAGUGGUGAAUUGACUCAAGGUUCUGAACAUGAAUGUUUUAGUCCAGUAGGAGGUUUGAGCCCGGCAGCUGAUCCAGGAAAAAGUAAUGCAUUGAGCUCCACCAGCGAUUUACAAGUGCCUAAGUCAACUGUGACCUCUGAGACUUCCAUGGUACUUCAAGCUGAAGUUCUUGAUACUCAAAAGAGUUCUGGUGCUCAUUCCUCCACUAGUGCUGAAAUGGCUAGAGAUGCAAGACCCGACAUUUCAGCAAGCCAAUCGGCAGUACCUCAUUUGGAUGUGCAGCCUCCUGCACCCCCUGUGACAACCUGGGGCAUGGCUACCAGAGAUACCACCUGGAGAUCAGGGUCAGGAACUACAAGUGCUAGUUGGGAAACAGCCCAUGGAAACACAAACUUGAAUUAUCGAGGGCUCGGUCAAGGAAGUGUGGACGUGGAUUAUGGAACCAGUCAUGUUAGAGUCAGUGAAACUGGCAGUAUGAACUCGGGCACUUAUGCGGGCUACCGGGGAAACCAAAGCAGGCAUUCAGGUCCUAGAGACCGGGAUUUUCAUGUCAGAGAUUCUGGUUUUAAUAGGGGAAGGCCAUAUUGGAGUGGUAGGCAAUCGUUUCAUCCAGGUGCCAAUGGAGUUGCUAGGCAGUCGUUUCAUCCGGCUGCCAAUGGAGGUGGCAGGCAACCAUUUCAUCCAGGUGCAAAUGGCGUUGGUCCUUACAGAGCUCCGCCCAAACGGCAGCGAAUUUGUAAAUUUUAUGAAAUCGGAAAUUGCAAAAAGGGGGAAUCAUGCAGUUAUUGGCACCCUUAAAUUAGGUUACACAUCAAUUGUGUGCAUUUAAAUUCUGAAUUCAUUAUUUUGUAUCAGUAGGAAUUUGUACCUUAAAUUCUUCCAAUUUAAGUUAUCUGACCUUGGGAGUAAAAUAUAAUUUCCUUCUAAAUUAUCUAAUAAAAAAAUCAAUCUCUCCAGCUCCCAAGUAAUUGUUGGAAGAAAACUAUUGUAGUGUAGUUUAGAUUGUAUUAAACUGUAAAAGAAGUU